GGCGCGGCGCCGCGGAUCUGGUAGGCGCGGAGCAGGGAGUAGGGGCGCCGCGGAGGCCGCGGGCGGUGGGGAGGACGGCCCUCUCCAGGUCCGGGCCGGGGCAUGAGGGUCUCGGACCUGAGCCAGGGAGGGGCCUUGAGGUGGGGAAACCCUGAGCCGCUCUCCCGCAGCCAUGGAGCAGGACGACCCGGCCGAGGCGUUGACGGAGCUGCGCGAGCGGCGGCUAGGCGCGUUGGAGCUGCUGCAGGUGGCGGCGGGCUCGGGCCUGGUCACCUACGCCGUGUGGGCGCUGCUGCUGCAGCCGGGCUUCCGCCGCGUGCCGCUGCGGCUGCAGGUGCCUUAUGUUGGCGCGAGUGCCAGGCAGGUGGAGCACGUGUUGUCGUUGCUGCGAGGCCGUCCAGGAAAGAUGGUGGAUCUGGGCUCUGGCGACGGCAGGAUUGUGCUGGCUGCCCACAAGUGCGGUCUCCGCCCAGCUGUGGGCUAUGAGCUAAACCCGUGGCUGGUGGGGCUGGCGUGGCUGCAUGCCUGGAGGGCAGGAUGUGCGGGCAAUGUCAGCUACCGCCGUGAGAACCUCUGGAAGGUGAGCCUGAGGGACUGCCACAAUGUGUCUGUGUUCCUGGCUCCUAGCGUGCUCCCACUGCUGGAGGACAAGCUACAGGCAGAGUUGCCUGCAGGAGCCCGAGUGGUGUCUGGGCGCUUCCCCCUCCCCACCUGGCAACCUGUGGCUGUACUGGGUGAGGGCCUGGACCGCGUCUGGGCCUAUGAUGUCCACAGUGGUGGGCCAGCUGGGCAGGCUGUCCCAGGGCCUAGUUCUGCCUCCGUACCUGGAGCCCCCAAUUCUCAGGUUGGCUGAGUGGACACAAUAAAGACUCAGUGGGUUCCA